AUGCAUGUACACGCAGAAUCCUCAGCGGAAGGCUCUCAUGAACAGGACGUUGAGGAGCAGCAAGACAAUCGUUUAUCGUGGGAUCAGAUGACGGAAAUACUGAAAAUGUAUUUAACGGAAGGAAAAUACAAGGAGGCGUUCAGGCUCUGCAAGAAGUCCGGUAGGGACAAGGAGGAAUUCCGGCUGUUAGGGGAAAACAACGCCAUGGAGGAAUCGGAGAUGUACCUCCUGGUGUUCCACUCGGUAUUCUUCGACAUCAACAAGCUGGUGGAGGAGAUGAGGGCGGGCGGCACCGUCAAGAUGACCGAGGAGGAUUUCAAGAGGAUGGAGGCGAUGGAGACGCACGUCGACUUCCUGGAGGACUGCGUGGGUUUCCUGAGGCUGAUCGACAACGCCAUUCCCAUCAUGAUCGAGCUGUUGGAGACCACCACCAUCGGGGACAUGCACGAGGCCGUGGAGUUCUUCACGUCCGCCUAUCAGUUUAGCAUCGAUAAUUCCAUGCGGGGAAUCUUGGCGAUGCUGAAGAUCAUGCAGCGCAACGAGCAGGAGCGCAGGGACUGCAUCAUCAACGCCUUCAAGACGAUUUACCUGAACACCGAUUGCACUAACACAGAGGAGCACUGCCUGACGAUAGUCUGUCGCCUGAUACGGCUCGUCAAGACGGUUCCCCUCAACAACAUCGACGACUUCCAACUAAUCAUAUCCGAGUGGACGGCCAAGGGCAUCCUCGACAACAGCAUCAUCGACAUGUUCUGGCAGUACUUCACGCAGAAGAUCAGCUGCACCGAGGGGGACUCGCACGCCGCCACGAAACUGCUGCGCAUGUGCGCCCUCGGCCGUAAGACCAUCGUCACGCGGAACAUCAAGCUGGUGGCGACGGUGGCUUUCGGGGAGCGAGGCACGCGCGACAUGCAGUUCCUGGGUAGCGCUUGCGAGUUGCUGUCGGUCGCCGGCAGGGAGAAGAUCGAUAUUACCAGCAAGAACCCGCCCUACAAGAUAAAGCCGGGCGAUGAGAUAUUCGGUAGUCUGUUGGAGAUACUGGGGAAGAAGUUUUUCGAGCCGGUGGAGUACUACAACAAGGCGUUGUUCGGGGGAAUAGAUUUCAUUUACAAG